CAGUUUAGACUCAUGUACUCCUAUAGGCUAAAAUCAGGCGAGAUUUAAUUGGUUUGAGCUCCCAGCAUAUGUAAAUAGCAGUAGAUGGCUCCUCCUAUGCACCUGAUGGGGCAGUAUUUACAGCUCUUUACAGCAACUACCCGCGGCACUGUUUCCAAGAACGCAGCGGCGCACCAUGACACUCCGCUGGACUUAAGCAAUAAGGAUUUCCGUCUUUACGCAACAAACUUUAAGGCUCGCAGACUGUUUGCGGGGGCGAGAAAAGGGAGAGAAAAGUUUGACAAAAGUUGUCCUCUUGUUUUCCAAGAUGCCACGCUCUUUUCUGGUGAAGAAGCACAUAAACUCCGCAAAGAAGCCAAAUUACAGUGAGCUCGAAAGCCCAACAGUGUUCAUCACGCCGCACUUCUACAAGGGCCUCCCCCUAUCCGUCAUCCCCCAGCCGGAGAUCCUGAGCCCGGCCGCCUACAGCCCCAUCACCGUGUGGACCACCAGCAGCCUGCCGCUGUCCCCGCUGCCCAGCGACCUGUCCCCCAUCUCCGGAUACCCCUCGUCACUGUCCGACACCUCCUCCAAGGACCACAGCGGCUCGGAGAGCCCCAGGAGCGAUGAAGACGAGCAGAUGCUGCCCAAGCUGACGGACCCGAGCGGGGUGGAGGUGGAGAAGUUUCAGUGCGGUAUGUGCAGCAAAUCCUACUCCACCUACUCUGGACUGCUCAAGCACAAGCAGCUGCACUGCGACGCCCAGGCGAGGAAAUCCUUCAGCUGUAAAUACUGCGAGAAGGAGUACGUCAGUCUGGGAGCUCUUAAAAUGCACAUCAGGACUCACACCUUGCCUUGCGUUUGCAAGAUAUGCGGGAAAGCCUUCUCGAGACCGUGGCUGCUCCAGGGACACAUCAGGACGCACACGGGCGAGAAGCCCUUCUCCUGCCCACACUGCAACCGGGCGUUUGCAGACAGGUCCAACCUCAGGGCUCACCUACAGACCCAUUCGGAUGUGAAAAAAUACCAAUGCAAGAACUGCUCCAAAACCUUCUCCAGGAUGUCUCUUCUGCACAAGCAUGAGGAAUCUGGCUGUUGUACAGCCCACUGAACUGGGAAUACAUUUCUGUGCCUUUUUGUGCUUUUUUUUUUUUUUUCCCUCCAAAGCUGCAGAAAAGGUGUCAGGGAAUUACACCAAAUAACACAUAACAUGCAGACUUAUUUUGUCCUGCAGGCGGUCCAUUUCAUUUCAAACUGAGAAAUAGCUCAGCGAUCACAUGUUGUUCUUUUUUCUUCAAUCAGUGUUCCUGAUUGCAAUCAGUGUUGAGCUUUUAUCGAACGGCGUGGUAACGUACCUGUGCUACUCAAGCACUUUCUGCUUGCUCAGAAAGUUUUUCAGGCCUCCACAAUGUUAUCUUCAGUGUUUGUACCAACCUUUUUCUACAAGCUUUAACCAAAAGCUGUCUCUGAUUGGCAGUAUUUAUUGUAAACCAAUGUAAUACUAAAGUCAUUGCUACAUAGGGAACAAGUGCAAACUUAGAUGUAGCGAGAUUAUCAUUAACUUUUGCACACUCUGUAGAAACAGUUUGCCAGCACUCAAAUAUAGCAGAAACAAGUGCCUCAUUUUUACUCUGCAAUGUUAUGUAUUUUUCCGCAAAAGGGUGCCUUUUUUUAUAUAUAUUUUUAUAUAUUGAAUGUAAGUGUGACUGAGAUGAUUGUACAUUAGCAGUGAAAGCUGUGAUGCUGAAUGAUUUUGAUAUUUUCAUAUUUUUUAUGACACUUUUAAAAAUAAAUGAUGUUUUUGUAUAAUUCC